AUGGAAACUUUCAAAUAUGGACGAUUUGAUUGUGCCAAUCGGCCACCCCCUGUUCUCGCGAAACAUUUUCAAAAUAAUCAUAUCGUUGCAACCGCUGCUCAGAAGCUUUGUUUUUUCAAGCUUUUUCCUGUCAUUUUCUACGACAUUAUUGAUAAUCUACCAUCAUUUAUCGUAUAUAAGUUACUAAGAGAAAUCUUAUAUUUGGUCUUGGCAAAUCCUUUUCGUAAAGCAUGGUUACCUGUACUUGGUGAAUUAUGCGACACAUUUUAUCGCGAAAUGCUGAAUCAUUUUCCAGAUUUGAUUACGCCAAAAGUUCAUUUCAUUCGCGAAUAUCAUCAGAUGGUGACUGAUUUCGGUCCUGCGGUUAGACAGUGGUGUUUCCGUUAUGAAGGAUUUCACGCAUACUUCAAGAAGAUAACCCAUAGAACAAACAAUUUUAAAAACAUACCAAAGAUGCUUGUGACACGUUACCGUUUAAAACAAUGUUUAAAGCUUGGUUAUUUGCCUGAAUUACGUCACUUGCAGCAUGUAAUAGGAAUUAAAAAGAUUCGAAGCACAUGUUUCAAUUUAGCAAUGAGAAAUUUUUUAGUGAAACAUUUCGAUCAAAUUGAUUUUGACAAUGUCUUUCAAUGUAAUGCAUUAGUUUAUGAGUACAUUGAAUAUCGUCGAUCUUGUGUGUAUGUGGUUGAUCUACAACCAUCUCAUGAGCAACCGUCGUUUGCUCAAAUCAUAUUUAUUUUGAAAAUGAAAGAAAAAUGGUGGCUAUUCGUUGAUAUGCUUGAUAUAAUGUCGUACAAUGAAAAACUUUCUUCUUGGCAGAUACAAUCGAUGGAUCACUAUUCUAUUAUUGAUCCAAAGCACGAUGUAGAUGGUGCGAUGCUUAAAAUGCUUAACAGUGUGGAGAGAAUAUCGUCAAUUAUUCCGAAGCUGAAGCAGCAGCUAAUCUUCCUAGAAGAACGUGAAAAGUUAUUUCAACAAAUAAAUGAUAAUUCAAAUGCAUCCUCGAUAUCCAAAACAUCGCAAUCUAUUUCCACAAGUUCUCAAAUAACACCUAUUGCUUCGACCAAUCCAAUAACAUCGGCUUCUACUUUCAUGACAACAACUAUUAAUUUAUCAUUAACAUCCGAUGAUAACUCAAUAUCUCAUCGAUCUUUUCGUGAUCCAGACGCACUUUCGCCUUUAUCCGAUGAUUAUCAAGUUCCACCGUUGCCAAAUGUUCUAACGAAAGAUAUCGAAGCUGGAAUUCUCACGAAUUUUCGUCCACAUUGCCAAGGUCGACAGAUAUUAGUUGAUGCGGUCGUCCAUGAUCUUAUUGAAAACUACAAUCUAUUAUAUCCAUCAAAAGCACAAUAUCAUACAAUUGGAACUGCUCUGGUCAAAUGUUUGGAAUUGGCUGUGACAACUGAAAAUUUAGGAAUAUGGAAAGAUGCUUUACAGACAAAGCUGAAGCGGACACGUACUCAACAUUCAAGCAGUGAUCUUGUUCAGGAAGUUCGGUUAAAAUACUCAAAACUCGGAUCUGGACGCCCAGUCAAACAGAAAAUAGGAGAGGUUGCCGAACGCGAUAAACACAAACAGUUGGUAUUGAUUCCGUACGACGAAAUUUCGAAUGAUAUGGACACAAAAGUUGAACAAUUGAAAAACUUGUCACAAUUUGAUCACAGUACCCAGUUGCGUUUGUGGAGAGAGACGUUUGCUCUUCGUCGACAAAGUGUAAGAGCUGGAUCAACAAAUGAUAUUUUGAAACAGUUUCCGGCUUACAGUAAUGACUUCUUUAUCUUCGAGGAAGUGAGAAUGCUGGUAAACAUUGAUCUUAGUAGCGAAGUUCGACGACAAAUUCCUAUUUUGGUGGACAAAUUACUCGAAACUCCUGUGUUUGUCACUGAUUCGCCUCCGAUUAGAUUGAUCAAAGCUUUAUGUAAAUUGUUUGGGGAAACUACUCAACACUUAUUUUGCGAUAAAGAACCUCCAACACCGUAUCCGACAUUGGUGUGUAUUGAUGAUUUAAUUUAUGUAUACGUUGAUUUUCUUCCAAUCGUAUCGACAAACUCGCCGGACGAUGCUGUGGCUCUUCUCAUUUCGAUGUAUACGAUUUUCGAAUUGUCGUUUGACAAGAAAAGUCGGACAAUCCGCUUGUUGUAUUGUGUGUUGCACGGGGACAAGCAAUUUCUCUCAAAUUCGGUUCGAGUGUUAAUUAAGGAGAAAAAUAUCAAUAUUCAACGAGAACCACCACAAUUACCAUCAAUGUCUUGCAAUUCUCUUCGAAAUAAUCCGAUAACAACUGAUACUACACCUGUAACUCGAACACAAAUGGAAAUAAACGUAUCCGAUGGUUCCACUGCUGAACAUACUUCUGUCGCCAGUCUAGCAAAAGAACAAGCAACUUUAGCUAAAGAUCGUCGUUCAAGUACGGUUGUGGAGUCUGAUGCAAAUAAUAACGAUGAGAAUACAUCAUCAUUUAGUCGUAAUCCUAUUCAACGUCAAGCCAAAGAGAAACGAAAACGAAAGCAAAGUGUUAUUGAAGACGAAGAGAUUGAUACCCGAGACGAUCACGAACUUUUAUCAGUAGAUCGACUUCCAAUGAAUGACAUUACAAAUUCAAGUGUUUCAUUGCGUCAUUCAAAGCGUAAACGACGUGCUUAA